AUGACAGCGCACAAGUUUUUAUUGAAUGGGAAGCCAUCUCUAGCUAUACCUGCAGCAAUGCAGUCACUGAGACUCGGCACUGAGGUGUAUGGUGAUGGAAGUGCUAAACUAGUGCCUUCGUUUCUGCUUCUUGCAGAAGCGUCAAUUGGUGUACAAAAACUUAUCCAAGCCCAAGAUUACAUUUCUCAGGGAGAAUGGGUGGUGAUGAGGGCCGAAAACUCAAGCCCACAGUUACUCUCCGCUCUUUACCGAACAAUGGGUCAUAUGUAUUUUGCAAGGAAUCUAAUCUCAUCUGCUCAAUAUGCUUUUGCAGAGCACAUAUACCAAUGUACAAAAUCCAAUGAAGAUAAGAUGACUAUUCAUUGUGCCACAGGCUGUUUCCAUUUGGGUUUAGUCUUACAGAAACUUGAUAACAUAGAUGGACAGUUAGCUCUUUUUCAAAAAGCUGCUUCUAUGUGGCAACAAUUUUUAAUGAUCACUGUGAGACCUACACAGACUAAAGACAAAUGCUCUGAUGGUCUGAAAGGAAAGUUCCAAAAUUUUGAUUUACAAAAUUCCAUAAAAGAUGAAGGGUUGAACAUCCUUUUAGCCAUGAAGAAAUUUUGUUCUGAGCAACUUGAGCAAAAUGAGGAGGAUGUGAAAGUUUGGAAAUUAAAUUUUACUGUUCAUCAUGCUUUGGCACUGCUAUAUUUUGUAGGUGACAGAUUUCAAGAGGCCAAGCAAUGUUGUAAAAAAGGCUUGUCAGCUGCUAAAAAAUGUUCUAAAGAAGCAAAGAUCUCAUCUGAGGAAGAGCAACAUUUGCAGGAGUACUUAUCUCAUCUUGACACAAUAUCCAUACACAGCUGCACAACAAAACAAUGAGGGUUUAGCCAUUUUCACCAUAAUGUAAAAAGCACUUAAUUGUUCCUUGCAUUGAAAAAGUCUGUAUCGAGUGAUAAAAACUACUAUACUACAUUAUCUUACUUUCUUUUUUGUUCUACACUUUUUGGUGUAUCUUCUCAAUUAAAGA